AUGCACAUUCGUGCUCUCGCUUUCUUUUGCUUCAUUCUCACCUUUUUACUUUUGCUUCUCCAGUGCAUUGCCCUAUCGCAAGAUGGCGUAAUUCUGCUUAAAAUCAAGAAGGGAGAUUGGAGGGACAUCCGAAAUGCUUUGAGCGACUGGAAUGAGUCUCAUAAAAAUCCAUGUGCUUGGACAGGAAUCUCCUAUGAUACUUUCAACACCGUUACCACUGUUGAUCUCACGGGAGACUCCAUUUCUGGCAACCUCACUUCCGCUAUAUGCGGUCUUUCUAAUCUCACGGCCUUGACUCUCCAAGAUAAUGCUUUCAGCGGUCCCUUCCCCAUUGCUCUCUUGCAAUGCAAGCGUUUGCAGAAGCUCGAUUUGUCGAGUAACAAGUUUUCUGGUAUGCUGCCCUCUCGUAUCUCUGAAUUGAGUGAGUUGAGAGAGUUGAACUUGUCAUUUAAUGAUUUCAGUGGCUUCAUUCCUCCAGCUUUCGGAAUGUUGCCAAAGCUCGAAGCUCUCUUCUUCCACGAAAAUAGUUUGAGCGGGGCAUUUCCUAAAUUUGUCGGGAAUUUGGAGUCUCUGAAGAACUUCACGAUUGGUGGUAAUCCUCUGAGUCCUGGUGUAGUGCCCACAGAGCUUGGCAAUUUAAAGCACCUGCAGGAGUUAUGGCUAUAUAGCUGUAAUCUUGAAGGCGGAAUUCCGACUUUCUUUGGCAAUUUAACCCAUUUGGAGUGGUUGGAUUUGUCGUUGAAUUAUCUCUCGGGUGCUAUUCCUACCAGUUUAAUGGCUCUCUCGAAUUUGAGAGAAUUAUAUCUCUAUCACAACAAUUUGUCUGGACAAAUUCCGGCCAACAUUGGCCAACUGAAGAGCUUAUCCAGUUUGGAUUUUAGUGACAAUCAGCUUCACGGCACAAUUCCCGACGGAUUCGCCAAUCUCACAUAUUUGAAUUGUCUGCAGCUGUUCAACAAUCGACUUACCGGAGAGAUACCUGCUCAGCUCGGCACACUACGUUACUUAAGUUAUUUGAAGCUGUUCGGCAACAGGCUCAGUGGAUGGUUACCCCAGAGUUUGGGUACAUCCUCCAAUCUCGUUCUCGUUCUAGUGAGGGGAAACGAAUUGGAAGGUCCUCUGCCAAAGAAUCUGUGUCGAGGAGGAGCGGUCUAUGGCUUUUCUGGAUCUUCAAAUAAUUUCAACGGUAGUCUGCCUUCGUCGUUUGAAGAUUGCAAAUCUCUAGAGUAUCUGAAUAUCAGCCACAAUAAGUUUGAAGGCCCCAUUUCAUCUGCAAUUGGCGAAGCGAAGAAUCUGAUUCGGUUGGAUAUAAGCAACAACCAGUUUAGCAGUGAGAUUCCCCCUGGGCUAUGA